AUGAACUUUCUAAGUACGAAAACUAAAACCAUCAAAACAUAUGGGAGAAAACGAAGAGAACGCGUGGUUUCAGUUUCCUCAUUGACCAUACCUGCUUUCAUUAUGGUUUCCUCAAGUAAUGUCGAAAGAGACAAACCGCAAAGAAAAAAAUUGAAACGUAAUGCUUCGCCUACCACAAAUUUAUAUAAUACUGGAGUUGACAAUACAGAAAAUUCGGACAAUGAGCUAACCCAUAGAUGGCGACUCGCGAAGAAUUCACCAGCACGAACAACAAAUUCCCACGAGUCAACUGAAAUGAACAAUCAAAGGUCUAAUAAAAGAAACGUGUUUGAUAAAUCACCAUCCCCAAUUCAACUAAAGAAACCGAAAAUUAUGACGAAAUCCAAAUCUAUUCGGGAUCAAGAGACAAAAGUCUUUAAAUCAAUAGAUAAUUCCAAUAUUUCCAAUACUUCCAAUACUUUUAAUAAUUACGCGACAAGAUUGACUAAUACUUUCAGAACAGAGUUGAUUAAUACUUCCAAGAAAAUAUUAAUUAACACAUUACAAGACGAAUUGGAAGUGCUUUUGAACUCGUGUAAGCAAAAGCAAAUUUAUACUUUUGAUGAAUAUAUCGGAGUCAAAGCAAUUAAAAAUGUCUUGAAACUAGGAGAGGCGACAUAUUCGGAAGUAUUUACGGCCAUCACGUCUAAAUUUACUUUGAAUAGAAAAAUCAAAUGUGUAUUUAAAAUAAUACCUUUUGGAAAGGGAAAUCAAUGUAAAAUCAAUGACAUCAUACAAGAAGUAAAAAUGACUUCUCAAUUAGGAAGUCGAGCCAGUCUUAAUGUUCCAUUAGCGACCAGCUUCAUAACAUUAUAUAGUGUUGCUGUUUGUCGUGGAAAAUAUCCAGAAUCAUUACUUAAGGAAUGGGAUCGGUGGAAUUCAAUAUAUAAGUCCGAGAAUAGACGUCCAGAUUACUUUGACGAAACUCAACUAUAUAUUGUUCUCGUCGAAGGAAAUGGCGGUAUUGCUCUCGAGACAGCUGAAUUGAAGAAUUGGGCCCAGGCGUGGAGCCUUCUUUCGCAAGUCGGCUGGGGAUUAUCUCAAGCCGAAUAUCACCGUGACCUCCACUGGGGAAACGUUACGUUCAAAUCAACAAGGUUGACAACAUUCACGUACGAUCUUCCAUCAAUAAAUAUAAAAGCUGAAGUUCCUACAUUUGGAAUUCGUGCAUACAUAAUUGAUUUUACAUUUUCAAGAAUGGAGCGUGAUAAUGAAAUAAUACAUGUUGAUAUAUUAGAUGAAGAUAUUUUUAAAGGAGAAGGUGAUUAUCAAUAUGAUAUCUAUCGAAUGAUGAAGGAGGAGACGAAAGGUGAUUGGAAAUCCUUUAAACCGAAGACCAAUCUAUUUUGGCUCCAUUAUUUGGCCGAUAAGCUAUUAACGUCGAAAGAUUUACCAAAGGUCAAAAAGGACCAUAAUGAAUAUCAAUAUUAUAAUGCCAUUCUUGAGUUUAAAAAACGGGCACUCAAAAGUGGAAGGUACAAUAGUGCCUUAGAAGCCAUGAAAGAUAACUUUUGGCGAUUAUGA